AUGUUCGGAGGUCCGCGCAGAUUUCUUGAAUCGCCCCUGGAGGCGCCGCCAGGAGGGGUCACAGCGCCGAUCGAAGACAUCCGCGCGGAGUUCCGACAUGUUAUGUUCAUGCAGCGCUGUCUGAUUCGAGGCAUGGAGGGCUACGAGAGGCUGCCGAUCAACCGCGCCGAGCCGCUGAUGCGGGCGCUGGUGGACCGCGGCCCCGUCGUGGUGGCCCUCGCGGCACGGCCGUGGUUCGCCUACGGCGGCGGCAUCUUCGACGCCUGCAGCAAGGGCGCCGAGAUAGACCACGCGGUUGUGCUCCUGGGGUUCGGCAAGUCCGCCGAGACCCCUUACUGGCUGAUUGCGAACUCCUGGGGAUCUGGCUGGGGCGAGGGGGGGCGGAUACGCCUCCUACGCCGGAGCAUCGAGGAGGAGGAGGCAUGGUGCGGAAUGGACCGCCACCCCGAGCUGGGGGCCGCGUGCUCCAGGAACAGGGAUGGCAGCUGGAAGCCGAAGCCGCUGGCCCCCGUGGAGGUGUGCGGCACCUGCUCCCUGCUGUACAACCCGGUGGUGCCGCACUUCGCGGGCUCGAGCCGGGCCGCGACCGAGCUCGCUGCCGCGCGGCAGCGCUGUGGCGGGGACCUCCAGGCCGUCCCCACGGAGACCAUCGCCCUGGUGAGCUCCUGA